UGCAAACUUGCAACGUGCUCCUUACGAACUGCAUCCUUUGUUCCUGUGUUACCUCCGACUAUCGUACACUAUCCGCUAUUAACGUCUCCCAUCCAUCUGAAUACCGUAACUAGUUAUCGGGCAAUUCACCUUGAAUUGUUCUCGUUUGGCAAAUAUGCCCAACAAACUUUUUCUUGACAGUAACUUUCAGAAGUAUAACAACACUGCUGACGGCGUACUAUCCACUGUGAAUGUGGUGGAAGCACUUCAAGAGUUCUGGCAAGUGAAGGCAUCCCGCGGAGGUGGCGCCGCGGGGGGAGGGGGCGCUCUCGUCAUCUACGAGUCCGUACCCGCGGCGCACCCGCCCUACGUGUGUUACGUCACCCUCCCCGGAGGGGCGUGCUUUGGUAGUUUUCAGAACUGCCCGACAAAGGCCGAAGCGCGCCGCAGUGCAGCCAAGAUAGCACUGAUGAACAGCGUUUUCAACGAGCACGAGUCGCGGCGCAUCUCUGAGCACUUCAUUGAGAAGGCGGUGGCGGAGGCGAGGGCCUCGUUUGCUGGCGACGCCGCCGCCCACCACCAGGACCCUAGUGCUGGUAUUGCCGCUUUUCGGUUUAUGCUGGAAGCAAACAAGGGUCGAACGAUGCUAGAGUUCCAAGAGCUGAUGACGGUGUUCCAGCUCCUACACUGGAAUGGUUCGUUGCGCGCAAUGCGUGAGAGGCAGUGUUCCCGGCAAGAAGUAGUGGCUCAUUACUCCGCGCGGGCAUUAGAUGACGCAAUGAGGGAGCAAAUGGCGCGGGAAUGGGCAGCACGGGAACGGGAAGCGGCUGCCACGGGCGGGGGGGUACUGAGAGGUGAACUAGCUCGUGCCGAGCGGGAGCUCCGUGCCGCCCGUCUCGCCGCACGGGAACUUCGCUUUCCGAAGGAGAAGCGCGACAUACUGCUGCUAGCCGCGCGGCUCGCCCCACCCCAGCAGCAACAGUGAUCUCACCGCCGUCUACGCAUGCGCUCUUUUGUUAAUUAAGUAUAGUUUUAUAGUAUAAGCA